UGCAUCGACGUUGCAGCGAGGUCCCUCGCUCCGCGCCUCUUCCGUGCUGAUCGUCACCUCCAUCCAUCCAUUUAUCCAUCCUCCUCCACCCUGCCGAAAAGAGGGGAGAAAAACUAAGCUUCAAUGUCAUCUUUCUAUGUAAUUAUAUUCGCCUACGAGGAAGAGGAGGGGAGAGGAUGGCGCCAGACGCACCAUAGCAUACACUUUGCAUCUUUUUUCAUCUUUGAAAAAUUAUUUUGAAACGUUUUUAUUUUCUUCUUCUGUCCGCAUCGGUGACGUUUUUGCGGGCCUGCAUGCGGGAAUGUGUGACGACCAUGCUGGCGGUGCGGUGCUUCUUGCUCUUUGCUGCAGUGGGCGAACGGCUGGCGGUGUCAGUUUACCAUCCAGGUGUAAACGAGAGCCCAGGCCAGGAUGGAGGCCCUUGGGAUUGGUUCUCCCGGUCCGGGCGGACGACAGAGGGCGGCGACAUGACGGCCCAAGUGGUCUAUCCCAAGCGUUUGGUGCGGAGGACUGAAUCGGAGCGAGAAAUGGCUCGCGAGCACCUGGACACCAGGGUGAAAAUAAAUUACACACAACCCACCUCGGCCGUCCACCUGGCGCAGAGCAGUUUCUGGGUGGAAGCUUUCGGACGUGCCUUCACACUGGACCUGGAGCUAAACCAUCACCUGCUGUCCUCAGACUACGUAGAGCGCCAGUUCACACCGGAGGGACGACCUUUGCAGUCAACGGGAGGAGAGCACUGCUACUACCAGGGAAGGUUAAGAGGUGUGCCAGAAUCCUGGGCAGCCCUCUCCACCUGCCAUGGCCUGUGUGGGAUGUUUUCAGACGGAGUCUAUUCCUACCAGAUUGAGCCUGUUCACAAUGACAGCAACGAGGAAAAUCGCCCCCACCUGAUCCGCAGGAUGCCAGAUUUCAAACUCUCCCCUCAUUGCUCAGGCUGCACAGAGGACAGCAAGUUGGAUGGUGGAGAUGUUGGCGACGACCAAAGCGGGACCCCGCAGCGACAGCAGGAUGCUUCGGGGGCGCCCAAGCGAUCCAAGAGGUUCGCUCGCAGACCCUCCGUGCAGACCGAGACCAAAUAUAUCGAGUUGAUGGUGGUCAACGACAAUGACAUUUUUGUACAGCUGCGACGCUCCGGCAGCCACACGAAAAACUUUGCCAAAGCAGUGGUCAACAUGGCGGACGCGCUCUACAAAGAGCAGCUGAACACAAGGAUCGUGCUGGUCGCCAUGGAGACCUGGACCUCAAAGAACAUGGUGCCGGUGGUGGAGGACCCUCUGAGCUCGCUGCAGAACUUUAUGAAGUACCGGCGGGACAACAUCCGCGAGCAGAGCGACGUCGUCCAGCUUUUCUCAGGACGCACGUUUCAGAGCGGGCGUAGCGGGACGGCCUACACGGGAGGAGUGUGUUCCACCGCCAGGGGAGGCGGCAUUAAUGAGUAUGGGAAUGUUGGUGCCAUGGCCAUCACUUUGUGCCAGAGUCUGGGCCAGAACAUCGGAAUGAGAUGGAACAAUGUGCGAGACUCUGCAGGAGACUGCAGGUGUCCCGACACCUGGCUAGGCUGCAUUAUGGAGGAGACUGGAUACUAUCUGCCCAGAAAGUUUUCUCGCUGCAGCGUGGACGAAUACCUCCAGUUUUUGCUACUGGGAGGUGGCAGCUGCCUCUUUAACAAGCCUAACAAGCUGUUGGACCCUCCAGAAUGUGGCAACGGCUUUGUGGAACCCGGUGAAGAGUGUGAUUGCGGCUCCCAGGUGGAGUGCGCCCGAAGCGGAGGGGCCUGCUGUAAAAAAUGCACACUCACCCACGACGCCAUGUGCAGCAACGGGCUGUGCUGUAGCGGGUGUAAGUACGAGUUGAGAGGCGCGGUGUGUCGAGAGGCCGUCAAUGACUGUGACAUCCCCGAAACAUGCACUGGGGACUCUAGCCAGUGUCCUCACAACGUCCACAAACUGGACGGUUACACAUGUGAAAGUAAUCAAGGUCGGUGUUACGGCGGAAGAUGUCGAACUCGAGACGGACAGUGUAGAGGACUCUGGGGUUUUAAUUCAGCAGACCGGUUUUGUUACGAGAAGCUCAACGCCGAGGGGACUGACAAAGGCAACUGCGGUCGGGGUCCUGGCGGCCAAGGCUGGCUUCAGUGCAACAAGCCCGACGUUCUGUGCGGCUUCCUGUUCUGCGCCAACAUCAGUUCAAAGCCAAAGUUUGGUGACCUUGAAGGUGAGGUGACCAGCUUCACCCUCUACCAUCAGAACAAGUACUUGGACUGUCGGGGUGGCCACGCUCUGCUGGAGGACGGCUCCGACCUGGGCUACGUGGAGGACGGCACCCCCUGCGGGCCCAACAUGAUGUGCUUGGAGCGACGCUGCCUCCCAGUGGCGGCCUUCAACCUCAGCAGCUGCGCCGGCUCCGAUUCGGGGCGGAUCUGUUCCGACCACGGGACGUGCAGCAACGAGGUGAAGUGCAUCUGCCACAGAGACUACACCGGCAAGGACUGCAGUGUCUUUGAUCCCAUUCCGGAGCCCACCGUCCCAACGGGACCUGAGAAAAAAGGUCCCAGCGGCACCAACAUCAUAAUAGGCUCCAUCGCAGGUGCUAUCCUCCUGGCAGCUAUAGUCCUAGGGGGGACAGGAUGGGGAUUUAAAAAUAUUCGGCGAGGAAGAUCUGGUGGAGGAUAAGACGUCACUCAGUCAUCAGUGUCUGUGUCCUUCCUGCUUCACGUGUUCUUCCCCUUCUCACGUUGCCCUUGUACACGUUGGAGAAAAGGAGGGAACAACAACAGCCAAAUGUCUUCCACCCUUGUUCCCGCCUUUUUAGUUGUCAUGAAUUAUCACUACGGCCGUCCAUUGGAGUCUUCCUCUAACGUGGGGACGUGACGAAGAUGCGAUCGGCCAUGACCACGUCUGCACUGCCUGCCCGGACCACUGAACAGAGACAUUUUUACUCGUGUAAAAUAAGCUAAAGAUGCUAAAGAGGUUCAUUCCCUGCCACAGCCUCAAGAGCAAAACGCCCAGCCACCCGCACAUCCUCCACUCGACGGGCAGAUCCAGAUCUUGACUAGAUUCUGACUCGUUAGGACCCUUGACCAGAUUAUUAGAGCUAGAUCAGGUGGAUUUGGACUGAAUCUCAACUCCAAGAGCCCUGGACUAGAAUAUGAACUAGGGCCGCUGCCAUUGACGGCGAGACGUCCAAUCCAUUUGAAGUCGUUGAGGCCGCUUCCACUUGAAAUGGAUUGGACGUCAUUAGCCGUCAAUGGUGGUAGAUGAGAAAAAUCGAAGCAUGUUUUCCAAAGAAGAACCAGAAGAGGGACCAAGCCUUUUUAUCCAGACUGCCAAGCAAGCCGUUUCAGGAAGAUUGAAGAACAUUUUUUUGGGGAGCUAGCGCCUUUCUUCUUAUCCGUCAUCCGUACUCACCCACUUUUUACUCUUUGGACAUUUAAAGCAAACGCUUGCGUUUUUUUUAAAGAACAGAAAAAGAUUGUGCACACGUCACUACAGAGCCCUUCAAACUUUUCAAUACAAUAACGACAUGAAGAAGAAUGUCGCCUUCCAGGACUUCAGGGGCUUGAAAAUGGGUCCUGUGACUGAUGUUAGUGGGGGAGGGGCUUUUUGUUGUGACGAAUUAGUAGGAUUUCAUAUAAAAAGCAUCUCUUAGAAAAUGCAAACUACGCUCAGAGAAUGUCUGAGUCUGGAUUGGUUUUGUUUUCCAAACAAAUGUUCCCCAAAUAUGAAACCUUACAGGUCACGUUUUUAGUCACGUUUGACUGCCAUAAGAGUGUAAAAGGGAUUACGCACCGUUCAAAUUUAGGCGUAAAAACUAAAGGUCGACCGAUAUAUCGGGCCGAUAUAUAUACUUCUAUAUCGAUAUAUACCCGAUAUAAUACGAUAACUGUUGUUUUCAUUGUUUGGGUGACGAGUUUUCUUAUGGAGAUUGGCGAAAUAGCGCUCAACCAGUAAAUCGGGCCGAUAUAUCGAACCUUUUUUCAAGAUCGGCGAAUAUCAGCUGAUAUAAUAGGCAUGUUCAACUGUUUGAGUGAUGAUCUUUCUCAUGAACGUUGACUGAUAUAUUGGUCGGCCAAUAUAUUGUCUUUUUUCAAGAUUGGCCGAUAUCAGCAGAUACAUAGACGAUAUAAUAGGAUAACUUAUGCUCACUGUUAGAGUGGUGAUCUUUUUUAAUUGAGAUUUUGCACCACCUAGUGGCCAGUGUUACAAAAGGAAGUAGCAGAAGAAAAUUUCACUAAUAAUACCAAUACAGGUAGUCCCCGGGUUACAACGUACUGGAUUUACAUGAUUUUGACUUUAUGACGCCAGAGUCUCGUCCACCAUUUUGUCUCCAGUCGUUUUUUGUUUUAAA